GCUGAAUACCGAGAGAAGGUUGAAAAGAAUCUUCGCCUACGCGUAGUCUAACGUAAAGGCUCCAGAUCUCUCUCUUCUCUCCGAUACAAUCUCAUGUUCUGCAACAGUUCAGAACGUUGACGAGAACACACAGCUUGCUGAGAUGGACGAUGGGGGUCGGAGUUCUGCGAUACUGAUAGUGGGAGUCAACUCACACCUCAUGACCCCGUUGCGCGAAGAACAUGCCCGUGUCCUUGAAAACGAGCUUAUCGCGGAAGAAGAAGCAAGAGUUGUUGAAGCUUCAUCCUCCAAUACGGCUCGCCAGAGAGGCGACGAACAAGCCAAUACAUCUCCAGACUUUCGGAGUGAGCUGGCGGCCACAGAAGCUCGAUUUCUGCAGAUAGUCGCCAACCUCCAACGAGAGAGAGAGGCGGAUGCGAAAAAGCACGAGCGGGCCCAGGAAGAGACGAGACUGCAAAUCAGUCAACUGCAGGCUCGUGUGCGCAAACUGGAGGAGCCAGCGUUCAAGUUAAAUUGCGGAUCACCCACGACAUGGCUCGCAAGGCGCUUGGGAUCCUAAUUGACGCAACUUUGGUCAACCGAUGGCAGUCGUGGCAGGACUUCGUGAAGAUACAUCCCGAAAGCGACGUCCAGAAAGACUUGCCGGCCAAAUCGCCUUGGAUCGAGGUCCUGCCCUUUCUCUACCGCCCGGAAAAAAUCGGCGACUUCCGUAAGGCUGGGUCGACUGUGGCUCAUGAGGGCGAAGAAGCCGAGCUAGCUCUCGCCAUCAUGACACUUCGGGAGGGUGUAGAGCGUCGCCACUUUGAGGCCCUGCACAUACUCUUGCUGGCAAGCCGGUCGCUUUUGGGCACCCGUAGUAUGAUGCUGCCUCUUUUUAUACACUCCACUUGUACUACCC